UGUUUUAAGGUUAGAAAUUGCAUGUUGGGAUGGCAAUGGCGUUGUACGUGUGUGAAUGAUGCUGUCUUUGUUUCUUUUCGAUUUUCCUCCGUUUCUCACCAUUUUGGCUUGAUUGUUAGUGAUGUAUUGCGUGUUCUGUGAUGCUGAACUUCCUGAGUUGUCGGGAGAAUGGCACACUCGACCCGCUGGCGCUGGUUCGCGCCGAGACGACCCGCCGAACCUUCAGCCUGGAGCUGAGCAAAGAACAGGACGUGAAGAGGAUCCACGCGAGCGGCGCCAACUCACUGGACCUGGACCCGGCCGAGUCCAGAUAUCUGUUAUCCGGAGGUGCAGAUGGAGUGAUUGCUGUUUAUGACACCCACAACCUGUCAGGCACACCCAGCAGUACUGCUGAGGCUGUCUGUACAGUAGGAAGGUCCCACCGCCAUGUGCACAAGUACAGUGUGGAGACAGUCCGCUGGUACCCACACGACACCGGGCUGUUUACAUCCAGCUCCAUGGACAAGACACUGAAGGUGUGGGACACCAAUGCCCUGCUGCCUGCCGAGGUCUUCCAGUUCGAGGGCACGGUGUACUCACACGCCAUGUCUCCUGUAGCCAAGAAACACUGCCUCAUCGCAGUUGCUACCAUGACCUCCAUUGUGACCCUAUGUGAUCUGAAGUCUGGGUCAUCCACACACAUACUGAAGGGUCACCGAGCAGCGGUGAAGUGUGCCCGCUGGUCUCCCAGGAACCCGUACCUGCUGGCCACGGGCAGCCAGGACAACAAGGUACUGCUGUGGGACGUGCGGAGUGCCAAGAGCAGCCUCAUGUCACUGGACCAGCACAAUGGGGAGCUGGCAACCAGCACUGCGGCAGUGAACACUGCCCAUAACGGCCAUGUGAACGGUUUGUGCUUCACACCUGAGGGGCUCCACCUCCUGAGCUUUGGCACUGACCACCGGCUCAGACUGUGGGACACGGCUACUGGCAGGAACACACUGGUGAACUACGGGAAAAUCUGCAAUGAUAGUAAGAAGUCUGUUCAGUUCACGGUCUCGCGUGGCUCGUCCCCUGACGUGGUGUUCGUUCCGGACGACAGUUCCAUCGCGAUGUUUGACGUGUUCGGCGGGACCAGUCUACACCGGUUGGUGGGGCACUACAACUACGUGCAAUGCUGUGUCUUCAACCCUGAUACUCAGGAGCUGUACAGUGGGGGGAGUGACAGUAACAUCCUGGUGUGGGUGCCAGAUCUGGGCAGGGGGGAGGAUUAUGAAGAGUCCAAAAAACAGAAAGCAGAGCCAAGCCAGAGAAGCCAGAAUCUCCAGGCAUAUCAGGACACAUGGAGCAGUGAUGAGGAUUGAAGGGGACUUUCAUUGUGCAUUGUGGAGGAUGGCAUGUUUUAGGGAUGGUGCAGAAAUGAACCUCAGGGAAUCUGGAGUAGAAUUAAAAGUACAAGAUAGUGCUUGUGUGACUAUUGCAACAGAGUAAUGUAAAAAAGAUCAAAAUGUUUCUUUUUCUGUCUUUUUUUCCCCAUACAUUCAAACUAUGUCACUUUAGUAUGUGUGCUCCCAAAAAGACUGCAUUUUGCUUCAAAGACCUAUGUAUGAAAACACAGGCUACUAUGUGUAGGCUUUGUGUUGUUUAACAAAGGCAAAUAUCAUGACAUCAGAAUCAUGAAUUGAUAAUGUUGUUGCUGUUAUUUUAAGUAUUGAAAGAAAACCCUGUCAUUUGAUCAUUGCUGUCUUUUCAGGUAAUUCUACAGAGUACUGCAUUUGUAUGGAUGGUUUAGUAUAAAAAUGGCUUGAAACUGUUUCUGUUAUUUAUUGCAAUGACUUUGUGAAAUAAACACCUGAACAACAUCAUCAAACAACCGUUGAACAUGUUAGGGUAUUGCAGGUAUAUAUUUAUCCAUUUCCAAACAAAAAAAUAAAAGAUGCAUACAAUUUAUACAU